GACCUGAAAAUGGCUUUUUCCAGGAUGAAGAUCCCACCUGCUCUGUUCUCCUUCCUCUUGCUAUUCCAGUGGAUGCCAAACUCUGGUAGUUCCCAGCAAGAUACCUGCCAGACCUGUCGGGGUCUUGUUGACAAUUUCAAUAAGGGUCUGGAGCGGACACAGCGAGAGAACUUCGGGGGCGGGAACACAGCCUGGGAAGAAGAGAAGCUUGCCAAAUACGCCAACAGUGAGACACGUCUGUUGGAAGUAUUGGAAAGUGUGUGUUCUACAUCAGAUUUUGCCUGCCACCAGCUGCUGGAGCGAAGUGAAGACCACGUGGAACAUUGGUGGUUUCAUGAGCAGCAGCAGCAUCCAGACUUUUUCCAAUGGCUGUGCAUGGAUACCCUGAAAUUAUGCUGCCCAUCUGGCACCUAUGGCCCUGAUUGCCAGACCUGCCCUGGGGGUGCCGAGAAGCCUUGCAGUGGAUAUGGGCAGUGUGAUGGUGAAGGCACAAGUGGGGGCACUGGCCUCUGCAUGUGUCAGACUGGCUACGGUGGUCCCUUUUGUUCUGAGUGUGGAGAUGGCUACUAUGAAGCUGCUCGCAAUGACAGCCACCUGGUAUGUGCGGAGUGCUACCGGGCCUGUGGGCGCUGUUCAGGCCCCGAGGAUACCAGCUGUCUACGCUGCAAGAGAGGCUGGAUGCUGCACAACCAACGAUGCAUCGACAUAGAUGAAUGUGGCACCGAUAUGGCACACUGUCGCAGCAACCAGUUUUGUGUCAAUACAGAAGGCUCCUAUGAAUGCCGAGACUGUGCCAAGCCUUGUAUUGGCUGCAUGGGUGCUGGGCCUUCUCGCUGCAAGAAAUGCAACAAGGGCUACCAGCGAGAUGGUGUCAAAUGCCUUGAUGUGGAUGAAUGUGCUGGUGAAGUGGAGGAACCUGUGUGUACGGGCGCCAACGAGGUUUGUGAGAACACAGAUGGCAGCUAUCGCUGUGUUUGCGCUGAGGGACAUCUACGCAAAGAGGGGAUCUGUGUGGAAGACAAACCCCCAGAUGCUCCUGAAAAAGGAUUCUUUGACGACAUUACAGAUGACGAAGUGGUUGUGCUGCAGCAGAUGUUCUUCGGGGCCAUCAUCUGCGCGCUGGCCACCUUGGCUGCCAAAGGAGACAUGGUCUUCACUGCCAUUUUCAUAGGUGCUGUGGCUGCGAUGGCCGGCUAUUGGAUGUCGGAGCGCAGCGACCGGGUUCUCGAUGGCUUCAUGAAAGGGAGAUAGGGCUUAGGCAGGGUUCACUCCCUUAACUGCUUCCUGCCUCAGAGAGCCAGCUGGGGGGGCAGGA